UUGGUGGACGGAGCAGCAGAGACCAGAUUCAAAGAUGGUGGGUGUUUCUGGUUCAUGUUUCUGAAUGACUGAAGUCCAGAAGAUGGAUGAUUGUGUGGAGGAAGAGGAAGAGAGACCAGAGUCUCCAGGAUCCAUCAGUCCGUCUAUGAGGAGUGACAUGUCCAAUGAAAAACCUCCACACUUCAGUGAAGAACCUGGACCUUCAGACACAAACAAUCAGCCUCAAACACAUGCAGAUGUGACGUCUGAGGACCAGGAUGAAUCCAGGGAAGGGAUGAUCUCCAGGAAUGACAGCUAUACUGUGAAAAUGUGGUUAAAGGACACUUUGAAGAAUUUGGACUCCAGUGGGCUGAAGGAAUUCCACUGGUACCUGAAUAAUGCAGAUCAAUCAAAGGAUGGUUUCCAACCGAUCGAACUGUGUUAUCUUGAAAAGGCGGACAGAUUGGACACAGUAAAUCUGAUGAUGCAGCGGUUCUCCGCAAAGACCAGAGAGGUGGCCGAGACGAUUUUAAAGAUGAUGAAAAGUGAUAAAGAAAAACCUGUUGUCCAGGACGAUCCAGUCUCUCCAGCUGGUGCAACAGAUACGCCAGUUGAAGUUUGUAAAAAGUUGAAGUGUAAGCUGCAGAAGAAGUACCAGCAUGUGUCUGAGGGGAUUGCUAAAGCAGGAGAGACAAUCCUUCUGGAGCAGAUCUACACGGAGCUCUACAUCACAGAGGGAGGGACCGGAGAGGUCAACAAUGAACAUGAAGUCAGACAGAUUGAAGCAGCUUCCAGGAAACCAGGCAGAGCAGAAACAGCCAUCAGACAGGAAGACAUCUUUAAACCCCCACCUGGAAGAGAUGAACCAAUCAGAACAGUGAUGACGAAGGGAGUGGCCGGCAUCGGGAAAACAGUCCUAACACAGAAGUUCAGUCUGGACUGGGCUGAAGGCAGAACCAACCAGGACAUCCAGUUCCUGAUUCCAUUCACAUUCAGACAGCUGAAUGGGCUGAAAGAGAGAAAGUUCAGCUUGGUGGAUCUUGUUCAUCUGUUCUUCUCUGAAACCAGAGGAAUCUGCAGCUUUGAAGAGUUCCAGGUCGUGUUCAUCUUUGACGGUCUGGAUGAGAGUCGACUUCCUCUGGACUUCCACAACAAUGAGUUCAUGACUGAUGUUACAGAGUCCACCUCCAUGGAUGUGCUGCUGACAAACCUCAUCAUGGGGAACCUGCUUCCUUCUGCUCGUCUCUGGAUCAACACACGACCCGCAGCAGCCAAUCAGAUCCCUCCUGAGUGUGUUGACAUUGUGACGGAGGUCAGAGGGUUCACUGACCCACAGAAGGAGGAAUACUUCAGGAAGAGGUUCAGAGAUGAGGAGCAGACCAGCAGGAUCAUCUCCCACAUCAAGACAUCACGGAGCCUCCACAUCAUGUGCCACAUCCCAGUGUUCUGCUGGAUCACUGCUACGGUCCUGGAGAACGUCCUGGAGAACGUCCUGGAAAUCAGAGAGGGAGGGCGGCUGCCCAAGACCCUGACUGAGAUGUACAUCCACUUCCUGGUGGUCCAGGCCAAACUGAAGAGGGUCAAGUAUGACGGAGGAGCUGGGACGGAUCCACACUGGAGUCCAGAGAGCAGGAAGAUGGUGGAGUCUCUGGGAAAACUGGCUUUUGAGCAGCUGCAGAAAGGACACCUGAUCUUCUAUGAACCAGACCUGAGAGAGUGUGGCAUCGAUGUCAAAGAGGCUUCAGUGUACUCAGGAGUGUUCACCCAGAUCUUUAGAGAGGAGAGAGGCCUGUACCAGGACCAGGUCUUCUGCUUCAUCCAUCUGAGUGUUCAGGAGUUUCUGGCUGCUCUUCAUGUCCAUCUGACCUUCAUCAACUCUGGAGUCAACCUGCUGGAGGAGCAAAAGAAAACUUCCUGGUGGUUUAAAAAAAGAGACAUGACUAAGCUCCAUCAGAGUGCUGUGGACAAGGCCUUACAGAGUCCCAACGGACACCUGGACUUGUUCCUGCGCUUCCUCCUGGGUCUUUCACUGGAGACCAAUCAGAACCUCCUACGAGGUCUGCUGGAACCAAAACAAAGGAGUUCACAGAACAAUCAGAAAACAGUUGAAUACAUCAAGAAGAAGAUCAGUAAGGAUCUGUCUGCAGAGAGAAGCAUCAACCUGUUCCACUGUCUGAAUGAACUGAACGAUCGGUCUCUGGUGGAGGAUGUCCAACAGUUCCUGAGGUCUGGACGUAUCUCUGUAUAUCGACUGACUCCUACUCAGUGGUCGGCUCUGGUCUUCAUCUUACUGUCAUCAGGAGAAGAUCUGGAGGUGUUUGACCUGAAGAAGUUCUCAGCUUCAGAGGAGGCUCUACGGAGGCUGCUGCCGGUGGUCAAAGCCUCCAAGAAAGCUGUGUUGAAGGGCUGUAACCUCUCAGGGAACAUCUGUCCAGUUCUGUCCUCAGUUCUCAGCUCUCAGUCCUCCAGUCUGACAGAACUGGACCUGAGUAACAACCACCUGCAGGAUUCAGGACUGGAGCAGCUUUGUCCUGGACUGGAGAGUCCACACUGUCACCUGGAGUCUCUCAGGUUGGGGGGCUGCAGGUUGUCAGAGAUCAGCUGUUCUUCUCUGGGCCCAGCUCUGAAGUCCAACCCCUCCCAUCUGAAACAUCUGGACCUGAGUGUGAACCAGAACCUGCAGGAUUCAGGAGUGGAACAUCUGAGUGGAUUUCUGGAGAGUCCAGACUGCAGACUGGAGACUCUGGGGUUGUGGGACUGCGGUCUGUCAGAGAUCAGCUGUUCUUCUCUGGGCCCAGCUCUGAAGUCCAACCCCUCCCAUCUGAAAUAUCUGGACCUGGAUAACAACAACCUGCAGGAUUCAGGAGUGAAACAUCUGAGUGGAUUUCUGGAGAGUCCAGACUGCAGACUGGAGACUCUGAGGUUGAUGAGCUGCGGUCUGUCAGAGAUCAGCUGUUCUUCUCUGGUCUCAGCUCUGAAGUCCAACCCCUCCCACCUGAAACAUCUGGACCUGGGUGACAACAGGAACCUGGAGGAUUCAGGAGUGAAACAUCUGAGUGGAUUUCUGGAGAGUCCAGACUGCAGACUGGAGACUCUGAGAUUGGUGAGGUGCAGGUUGUCAGAGAUCAGCUGUUCUUCUCUGGUCUCAGCUCUGAAGUCCAACCCCUCCCAUCUGAAACAUCUGGACCUGAGCAGCAACAACCUGCAGGCUGCAGAUGUGAAGCAGCUUUCUGAUCUGGUGGAGAGUCCAGACUACCAGCUGCAGACUCUCAGGUGGAGAUGAUGAGAGAGUCCAGGACGGACGAGUUGUGUCCUGAUCGUCCUCAGAGUUGAAGCAGCACCAGUUUGUGUGGACAGACUCUGACUGGGCCGUGAUGAAGAUGAUGAUGAAGAUGAAGAUGUAUAUAGUUUCUGAAUUCCAGCAUUCUACAAACUUCUCAUAUAUUCAUGUAUUUCAUGUUAAGUAAAAAAGCCUUUAUUGUUAUUAUAUUCUUGUUAAAAUCCAGUACAUCAAAAUGCAGCAUUUAAUUAGGGCCCGAGCACUGACAGUGUGAAGGCCCUAUUGUAUCUGUAGGAAUUUUUUUUUAUUUUUCCGACGAAAUUAGGGUCUUUUUUCCCCCUAAACGUGCCCUAAAAGUCACCAAAUUUUGCACCAAGCCAGACGUUGUGAAAAAUGUGAUUUUUAAUGGUUUGCAUUAAUGGGCGUGGCCUAACGGCUCAACAGCGCCCCCUAGAAAACUUUGUGCCUCAAGCCCCACAAUACGGUUUGACGUACAUGCACGAAAAUCGGUACACCUGUAUCAUGUCACAACUUACAGAAAAGUCUCUUGGCGCCAUGCCGGAAAAUCCAACAGGAAGUCGGGAUUUUUAAUGAAUUGUGUAAUUUUGGUGAAAUUUAUGCCAUUCCCUCGGCCGUUAAUACGCCCGAACCGUAACGUGCACCCAGGUGUGUUAUACAUCAAAAUGUGCGUCUCCAUCCUGCGACGACAUGCAUUACUUUUCCCAGUCAAAAGCGUUACCGUGGCGACGAUAGAUGCCAAAAAGCGCGCCUCCCCUUCAUCUGAUUAUCUGAUAUUUCCUACUUUCUGCCAUAACUUUUGAAUGGUUUGAUAUAGAGAGUUGUGGGUGGUUUCAUCCGCUAAAUGUCCACGCCUGAAUAAUCUACAUGCAAGUCAUUCAAGCUUCCACUGCAGCCUGAACCUGCACAAGGGUGCAAGGGCCCGUUCAUCGCUGCUUGCAGCUUUAAUUUGAACUUGAGGUUCAUUCGACAAGCAAGCACUUUGUCUAAAGUCUGGAUGAGUUCUAGUACGGAGGUGCCUACUACUAAAGUACUGACAGAUAAAUGUCUACGCUGCCACGGCAGAGCUGCUCAGCUAGCAGCCGUCUCCUCCACCGAGUCACGUGGCUCCCCCGGUGUUUUCUUUUUAUUUACAUGUUUCCGUUUCCUUCCAAGUUUUCCUUUUGUUGUUCUCGUGUUUUCAGCUUCGUCAGGUUUUUAAAGUUUUUCUCCACGUCACUGAUGAAGAGAGAGACUGAAAAUAACAGCGUUUGUUCAUGAAACACGAAACACAAAUGAACUUGACUUGGUCAAUUAAUGUUCCUCAGAGUUUGUUCCAGUAAAUAUUGUGAAUGAUUUCUGGAUAUUAAGAUGAUUUUUAACACUUCAAAGAAAGUCAAAAUUCUUCAGUAAAA